UUAACACCUUCUUCAUUCACUCACAAUAUACCCAUUUCGAUUCAUAAUUCUCAAAGGGGAUUUACUGCAAGAAAUUCAAGGUUCAAGGGAUUGUGAAGAUGAACAACAAUUACCCACAAUACAAUGAAGGUGCUGGCUCUUCUCACACAUCCAACUCUCCUCAACGUGCCUCAAACUUUCCCAUCUUCGAUCAAUCAGCAUCAAACUCAAACUCGAAUGUAAAAGGUAACGAGCUCCAUAGAGCGAGCGACCUUCUGAUGGCGGUGUCGGUGUGCACGGAGGCAAACUUUUCGAGAAUCGCCGACCUCGCCGACACGGCGAUGGACGAGCUCAUAAAAGCAGCUCUUGAUGGAGAUCCUCUAUGGAUGCCCCAACAAAAUGAAGAAGCUGAAUCUUACUAUACAUUGAUGGAUAUAAUGAAAAUGGUUGAGGUUGGAGAGCCUCCUUCUUCCAGCCUUCUUGACUUCGAACUUUUCAACACCAAAUCCGACGCUGAAUCCAACAUCAACAACAACACAAAUUUGGGCUUUAAAGACAAUCAACAACAACAACAACAACACUAUCUUCAAACUGAGUUUUCAAGACAAACUGAAUUUGUCAAAAUGGAUCCACUCAGCAUUGUUGGGUUUUUGAUGGAUUUGGAACAAUGGUCACUUAUCUUCUCGGACAUUGUUUCAAGAGCAGCAAUUCUUCAAAUGUGGUCAUCAAUGGGACCGGGAGGGACUUACGAUGGAACUUUGCAAGUGAUGACAGCUGAGUUUCAGCUCGCCUCACCACUUGUGGAGACAAGAGAGAGUUACUUUGGGAGGUUUUGCAAGCAAUUAGCUCCAUACACAUGGGGAGUUGUUGAUAUUUCCUUGGAAGAUCUCUUCCCUUAUCCAUCCAUUGGCUUUUGUAGAAAACCCUCUGGCUGUUUGAUCCAAGCAUGUCCUGAUGGAAUCUCUAAGGUCAUGUGGGUUGAGCAUGUGGAAGUUGACAACAGAUGUGUUCAACCAAUGUUCCAACCAUAUAUCAACUCUGGUUUGGCAUUUGGUGCAAAGAGAUGGGUUUCUUCCCUGGUUAGAUACUGCAUUUGGCAAACUACUUUAGAGGCCAAGAGCACUUCAACAAUCAAUGGGGAUCCAGGGCUCGUUAGACAUAAAAGUGAAAGUCUGGGAACCAAUAAGACACAAGUUUCAAUACUACAAGCUGGAAGGCUUAGUGUGUUGAAGUUGGCUGAGAGAAUGACAAGGACCUUUUAUAAGGUUGUGAGUGGUUCUAAAGAAAAUCCAUGGAUGAAAAUUCCCAUUCCUGGACCUCAUGACAUUAGGGUUAUGACCCAGAAAGCCAAAGAGAAUGAUCCUGGACGUCCUCCGUGUACAUCGGUGAUCUUUGCUACUUCAGCUCAAGUUCCGAACAAUCCGAAUGAAGUUUUCCAGUUCCUUCGUCAUGAGAAGUCUCGAAACAAGUGGGACAUCCUUUCAUUUGGUUACGUCAUCACGGAACUUGCCUGCAUCAUCAAUGGAAACGACUCGAGAAACCGGGUGUCGAUAAUUCAAGUGAAUUCUUCACCGAGAAAAGUCGAGGUCUUCUACCUGCAAGAGAGUUACUUCGACGCAACCGGAUCUUAUAUAGUCUAUGCACCUGUUGAUCUCUUUGCCAUGUCGAUACUCUUACGUGGAGGAAACCCAGAUAAUGUGGCUAUCUUGUCUUCUGGUUUUGUUGUCCUUCCAGAUAACCUGAAAAUGAAUGGACAGGAAAUUGAAGCUGAUGGUAGCAUCGUGACAGUGGCCCUCAACAUCGUUGAUCAUUCAAUAACUGAAAGGAUCCCAUUUGAUUCAAUGGUUUCCAUGCAUAGGAUUAUGAAUGAAACUGUAGCCUCAAUCAAACAGGCUUUCCAAGUACAACAAUUUUAAAAAGGAAUUGUAAUACUUGGUAUGAAAAAACCUUGUCUUUCUGUGUUUAGGACUACAAGUGCUUAUAGAUGGGUGAAGUUUGACACCCAAUAUAAGCUGAAAUAAAUGGCUUUCAAGCUGUUUAUGUAAUAAUUUACAUAUAGGUUUCA